AUGAAGGGGAAAUACUUUAUCCUGGGCUACUUGUUGGUCAAAGUUAUGGCCCUUGUAUGCAAGGCGGACGGCGAGCCGGGCUUGCUGGGGGGGUUCGUCAUGAUCACUACCUCCAACGGAUCCAGGGAGGAGGAAAGCGUGUCGGAGGAGACGCCGCACACGGAGGAGGAAUGCCGGGGUUACUUCGACGUGAUGGGCCAGUGGGACCCGCCGUUCAUUUGCAAGACCGAGAAUUACCUUUACUGCUGCGGCACCUGUGGCUUCCGAUUCUGCUGCUCGUACAAACACUCGCGCUUGGACCAAAGCACCUGUAAGAACUACGACACCCCGGUGUGGAUGAAGACCAGGGAGACCCCGUUCAAGAAGAUCAACAAGCUGCACGACAGCACCAAAGACAAAACCAACUUAAUCGUUUACAUCAUCUGUGGAGUAGUGGCUAUCAUGGCUCUUGUGGGUAUUUUUACCAAACUGGGUCUGGAGAAGGCUCACCGACCGCAAAGAGAGAACAUGUCCAGGGCCGUCGCCAGCGUUCUCCAGGGCGGAGCUCCGGGUGAGCAGUUUCGGGGUAAGGACCCCCUGGGGAUGCAUUCUCAGCACUUUGUUGCCAAGGCCACUAACCUCCCCCCCGAAGAGAACCUCAAGUGUGUCAAUGUCAGCAGCCAAUAG